UGAGGAAAUUAUUGGAGCUAAUCUUCAGUCAAAAUGAGUUCGUUCGCGGGUCGCAUGAAGGAGUAUCCCAACAUGUCGCUGGAUCGGUUUGACAGGGAGAAUCUACAUGCAAGGGCUUAUUUUUUAUCUCACUGCCACAAAGAUCACAUGAAGGGGCUGAAGGGGCCUCAAUUGAAAAGAAAGCUGAAAUUCAGUCUGACAGUCAAACUGUACUGUUCAUUUGUAACUAAGGAACUGUUGCUGAGCAAUCCAAAAUAUGCCUUCUGGAAAGAUCACAUAGUUGCUUUGGAACUGGAGAGUCCCACACUAAUCACUUUAAUAGACGAGGCUUCAGGAGAGAGAGAAGAACUUGUGGUUACUCUGCUUCCUGCAGGUCACUGUCCAGGCUCGGUCAUGUUCUUGGUAGAGGGGGCCCAGGGUACAGUGUUGUACACAGGAGACUUCCGACUGGCGAAGGGAGACGCCUCCCGCAUAGAACUCCUCCACUCUGGGAGCAGGGUGAAAGACAUCAAGAGUGUGUAUCUGGACUCCACCUUUUACGACCCUCGCUUCUACAAGAUCCCCAGCAGGGAGACGUGUCUACAUGCUAUCCGGGGGCUGGUACAGGACUGGGUCAGUAGGAGUGUGUACCAUACAGUGUGGCUGAAUUGUAAAGCUGCAUAUGGAUAUGAAUACCUCUUCACUAACCUGGGGGACGAGUUUCACACACAGAUUCAUGUCAAAAGCCUGGACAUGUUUAAGAAGAUGCCAGAGAUUCUGAGUCAUGUGACCACGGAUCGAGCCACUCAGAUCCAUGCCUGCCGUCACCCCAAGGAUGAGGAGUUUGUUCCUGCCAGCAGGCUGCCGUGUGGCUCCUCGGCAUCAGAUGGAACUCCUCUAAGCAUCAUCAGUAUCAAACCCUCCACUAUGUGGUUUGGAGAGAGAACACAGAGGACUAAGGUUAUCGUCAGGACAGGUGCCAGUUCCUACAGAGCCUGCUUUUCCUUCCACUCAUCCUACUCUGAGAUAAAAGACUUCCUGUCUUAUCUCCAGCCAAUCAACAUCUACCCCAGUGUCAUUCCUAUUGGCCGAACUCACGCUGAUGUCACGGAGCUGUUGAAGUCUAUGUGUAGGGACGUGUCCUCUUCAGCUGUGAUCUACAGACCUCUGGGAACACUGAAACGCACCAGACCAGAGCAGCACACCCACGAUGUGGACUGUGCCGAUUGGCUGUUUGAGGGGGCGGACCUGGCCCCUGUCAGGAAGAGGGUGAUGAUGCAGGAGGCCACACCCACAACGCUCCCUAACCGCCCCGACGAACCUCUACCCCUAACACACAUACCUCUCAUCACAGGAGACUACAUGGACUGUACCGAAUCUAAUGAUGAUGAUGAGGAGGAGAGAGACCUGGAGGAAGAAGAGAGAGGUGGGGAGAGAGACGAGGGGUCUGUGUCUAAUUCUGGCACCCCUCCUCGCUGGGAGGAGUUUUUCACCACGGAGAUACUGACGGAAAGCCAGACCAGCCAACCACACUCCUGCUCGCACACAAGCCCCUCUCACUCCACACUCACAGGCUCCCAGACCCCAGAGCUGUUUGUUGAUGACUCCGCCAAACUCCCCUCGCCGUCAAUUCCUCUCUCAGCUGGGCGAGGCCUGAGUCAGGCUGAAAGCAUGCUCAUCCAAUCAGAAGACCGGUGUCAGGGAGAUGCAUUGACCAAUCUGGAUGCUGGGGGGGAGGAGAGUGGCAGCCACACUCACCAAUCAGAGCCAACGGAGUCUCAGGUGUCAUCGGACUUUGACAUCCCGUCUACACCGGAUUCACACACACCUGGACCAGACGACCUCAGCGAUCUGUACAGGAGACUGGCCGCUGGAGAGGAAGUGAUCACCAGGACAGGAAGUCAGUCCCUCUGACCCCAUCUACCUCUUUGUAUAUAGACAGAGGGAAGAGGAAGCGAGACAUUCCACCCACUAGUUUCUUCUGAUUCAUAUACUGUCAAUGAGCUGAACAGACCAAACCCAGCUGCUAAUGCAUUGGUGCCUAUGGGAGAGCAAUCACCUUAAGCAGACCGGAACUUUGUGGCCAUGAUAUACAGUAGCUUAGUAAUGUCCGAACCUUAACUCUGAUCAUUCCAUCCAGGUGACCACUUUAAAAUGGUGGAAGCCCUCAAUGUCCAGGUUAUAUGUAAGAGGAGUCCAUCUCUGUUAUAGAGUUCAUGGUUUUUCAAUGGAUGAUUGUGGGUUCUUGACAAUGUCUUCCUCACCCGAAAAUAAUUGACUUGAAGUUGGACAAAGACAGACAAUUGAUUAAUGCAUAUAUACGAUUUAAUGUGUGGGGCCAUAGCAUUAUCUACACAGACCAUACCCAUGCCCUACUUUGUUAUAGAGACGCCAUAGUCAUGCCCUAUAUACACAUGUGCCUGAUGCACACCUGGCCUAUCAGGGCCAAGAGAAACCACAGCUACUCCUCGACCACCCUGUGAAAUGUUCAGUAGGGAACACAGUAACAUGGUCUCUCAACUGGAGUCUGCUCCUGCCAGGCUAACGCAGUUCUGAACUGUAGAGAAUAAAGGAACUGAGUUAAACCAUAAUGUCUUUAUUUAAACUUUAAAAGGAACUUCAACAACAAGUAUAGUGACAUUAACUUGGAGCUCGUGGUGAAAUCAGGAGGCUGCUGAUAUACUGAUGGCUUCAGUCUUCCCACUGUUCUGCUCCACACAGCUCACAUGGAGAGACCCAUCCCUGAAACACACACAGGUUACACACACAGCGGUCCAAAUACAAGGUCCAGUCCACAGCUGAAGCAAACACGGGUUACACACACACACACAACGGUCCAAAUACAAGGUCCAGUCCACAGCUGAAACACACACACACACAGCGGUCCAAAUACAAGGUCCAGUCCACAGCUGAAACACACACACACACACAACGGUCCAAAUACAAGGUCCAGUCCACAGCUGAAACACACACACAACGGUCCAAAUACAAGGUCCAGUCCACAGCUGAAACACACACACAACGGUCCAAAUACAAGGUCCAGUCCACAGCUGAAACACACACACAACGGUCCAAAUACAAGGUCCAGUCCACAGCUGAAACACACACACACCGGUCCAAAUACAAGGUCCAGUCCACAGCUGAAACAAACACGGGUUACACACACACACACACCGGUCCAAAUACAAGGUCCAGUCCACAGCUGAAACACACACACAACGGUCCAAAUACAAGGUCCAGUCCACAGCUGAAACAAACACGGGUUACACACACACACACCGGUCCAAAUACAAGGUCCAGUCCACAGCUGACACACACACAACGGUCCAAAUACAAGGUCCAGUCCACAGCUGAAACACACACACACACACACACACAACGGUCCAAAUACAAGGUCCAGUCCACAGCUG